AUGAGCAUAGUCCAGAUUGACAUGCUCGCACUAGCGGGCAAUCCAAACUAUUUCUCUACCUUAACAGCAACUAAUAUCACACAGCCAGCAAUUUCACUUCUCUCGUACAAUUCAGCUUUCGAGGCACAGGUUAUUGGCCAGAAUGCAACGGCAAGGAACAUUGCUGACCUACCCUGGCAAGCUUUCCAUGAAGCUGGCAUUUAUCAUAAGGCUUCAAACUCACUUUAUGUGACCUCCAAUUUUGAGUCGAUUGAGGACAACAUCAACAUUACAGUAGUCUCCCUCGAGGACUAUUCAAUUACAUCGACGCAAUUUCCGGACCUGUGGGAAGCAAAUGGCGGCACGUCAUACUACCCGCCUGGCUCCGACAUGAGCCAGACUCCUCCUCAACAGAUCUACUGUGAUCAAGGAGACUUGAAUCAUUAUUCCAGCCUUGUUGCUGUCGAUCCUUCAACAAACAUAUCUAAAGUCAUCCUGACAAAUUUUCUUGGGCGCAAUUUCUCUUCUCUCAAUGACGUCCGCCAGCACCCAUAUACAGGUGAUCUCUGGAUAACAGAUCCUGACUACGGUCAUGUCCAGGGUCUCCGUCCUUUGCCCGUCUUGCCGGGACAGGUGUACCGAUUCGAGCCCGGCACCGGGGUAAUUCAAGUUGUAGCAGACGGCUUUGUGAAGCCGAAUGGUUUGGAGUUUUCACCGGACUAUAAAACGGUCUACAUCACGGACACUGGUGCUGUGCAAUAUAACCUAAAUUUAACCGGGCCAAGUACCAUAUACGCCUUUGACGUCACCCCUGAUGAGAAGCGUCUUGUGAAUCGACGUGUAUUCGCCUUCGUUGAUAGCGGCAUUCCAGAUGGCAUCCAUACCGAUACCGAUGGAAAUGUUUGGGCGAGCUGUGGUGACGGGGUACACAUAUGGAAUCCCGAGGGCAUCUUGCUGGGAAAGAUCUUCGUUGGCGAGACAAGCAAUAAUUUUGCAUUUGCUCCUGGCAAGGUGUUCGUAUUUAGCAACAAACGACUAUGGGUGGUUGAGAAUAUCAAGGCCCAAGGGAGGGAAGUUUGCAAGGACUUCGGUGUCGGUUGUUCGUCGCCACGUCGACAUUGACGGCACAUGGAAUAACAUGUGUUACCAUCCGCGGGCCAAAAUCUGGAUCAAGUGACAAUGCAUUUACAGGAGAAACAUAUCAAGGCGCGGGCAAGGUUAAUGGUAAGCUUAUGGGCAUCUAUCCAUAGUCGUCUGACUAGAUGUCGUGAAAGAGAAAAGAUAGAAGAGAACGGAUUUUUUCGAGUUUAAGAUAUGAUGGACAGCAACUUUUCAAUUUGCCCCUGUGGUUUCCCGUAGAGACUGACAAGGGCUAAAAAAUGCUGAGUAGCACUUACUUCCAAAAUAAUUUUCUUUUGCUGGUUCUACGACUAUGAUUUAGAGAGUUGAAAGCAAGUAAUUGAUAGUCAAAUUCCUUUUGCAGACAUGCUUCACCUGUUCAGAGGGUUGUAAUAAGGCAAAUCUCGCCCAAGCGAUGUGAUUGAUAAGCAUCGCUGGGGCUGGUUAUCCAGCGGGACGGCAACGACGGCCGAACU